UGAAUCUAGUUCACUUUCUUUUUGUGGGUGCAAGUUUUCAUGAAACAUGUAAAAGUUGAAAACAAAGAUCCAGUCUCUUGUUACCUUUCCCAAUUCUUUUACAUCUUCAACUCACUUCCAUCAUCUUCAUCCCCAUUGCACCUUCAAACCCACAUCAAUGGCGAUCCUAACAGAAGAACCAGACACACCAAACUCUCCCAAACACAAACCAUCUUCACCAUCUCCAAAAUCAACUCCAAACCCUUUCACUUUCUGGUUCUACUUCACCAUCUCAGUCUCAAUCAUAACCCUAAUAUUCGUCACAGUUUCAAAUCUUUACACCCAACAAGACCCCAAAACAUGGUUUCUUACACUGCCCACAAAUCUCAGACAACACUACUCUAGUGGCAGAACCAUAAAGGUCCAACCAACUGUUCACAGCGGCUCAAUUGAGGUAUUUUCUAUUCAAGAUGGUCCAGUAGAUUCUUCAAGUAAAGUUCUUUUUGUACAUGGGUUAGGCUGCAGCUCUUAUGUUUUCAGUAAAAUUGUCAAAAGUUUGGGGAAAAAUGGGGUUCAUGCUGUUGCUAUUGACCUGCCCGGUUCCGGGUUUUCGGAUAAAUUCGAAUCGGUGACGGAGGAGAAAGAAGUCUCGGGUUUUGGGAGGGUUUUGGAGAUGUAUAAUGAAAUUAAAGAAAAGGGUAUUUUUUGGGGGUUUGAUCAGUUGGUUGAGCAAGGGUAUGUGAAUUAUGAUUAUCCCGAAAAUGAGGUUAGGAUGUCGAAAGUGACGAGUUUGAAGGCGAUUGAACUCGGUCCUGAUGAAAUGGGCAGGGUUUUGGGGCAAGUGAUUGAUGCGACGGGUUUGGGUCCGGUUGAUUUGGUUCUUCAUGAUUCGGCAUUCAAUUUGGGGGCGAAUUGGGUGGCGAAAAAUCUAGGGGUUGUAAGAAGUGUUACUCUUGUUGAUAGUGCAUCAGAUCAGUCGGCUUUUCCUUUGUGGGUUUUGAAAGUGCCGGUGGUUAGAGGGGUUGUCUCUGGUUUAGGGUUUGUUUUUGAUAAGGUUGUUCGACGUUGUUGUUCGAAAACAGGGGGCGUGUUGGAUACGGAGAGUCAUAGGCUUCUUUUGAAGAGUGCGGAUGGAGUUAAAUCGGUUCUUGAAAUGGGGAAAAAGAUGAAUUCUAGUUUUGACGCUGGAGAAUGGGGUAAACUAGAUGGUGUGAAGAAUUUGCCAAUGCAAGUGAUUUGGUCCAGCGGUUUGUCUAACGAGUGGAUUGAAAAGGGGCGGCAACUGGCGGAGGUGCUUCCUCAUGCGGCAUUUGUCACACAUUCCGGUGGCUGCUGGCCACAGGAUGAUACAGCUGAUGAGCUGGCAGAAAGUAUACGCGAGUUUGUGUACAGCUUACCAAAACCCAUCAAAGACUCCAAGAAAAAAGAGCCUGUACCGGACCAUAUUCGUGAAUUGCUUGAUGAAGCAACAGCCAAUGUUCACCACCAUGGUUUCAGUGGUCAUGACCAUAGCCACGGUCAUGGUCACGGUAAGGAAGCUGGAUAUCCAAGCGGUUAUGGGCUCAGAGAUGAACUUUAGUUCAGUGUUUGAACGUCUAGAACUGACGGUCUGCUAUUGUUGUCGGUGUUCUUGCAAAACAUAUGGCUGUCAAAGAUUUUGUAAUGUGUUCAACAUCUUUGGUUUUCUGUCUGUGCCAUUCUUGUAAGGUAAAUCUAUAACACAAAGUUAUAAAACGCUUUACUUAUUAGCAUGAUAAGCAGGUAUUCCCUAAUCUGUAUA